UCAAGCUGGUAGUCAAUGAUCUAUUUGAUUUUUCAAAAAAUAACAAAGGGAAACUGUGGAUAUAUCUGUAUAAAUCAUUCUAAUAAAUUAAACUUAGAAAAAGAAUAUUCAAAUUUUAUUGUUCAUUUCUCUCAUUAUUUUGUCCUAUUUUCAGAAAAUGGAUAAAGAGGUUAAAGUUGAGAAACAGGAAAGUGCUUUUGAUGACAGUUGGAUUGGAGCUGCACGUAGUGAUACAGCUACACAGCAGAUCAAGAUCGAGAAGCAGGAGGAUGAAUUUGGAGAAUGUGAAUUUGCAACUAGCAACGUCAAAGAUGAGUCAUCCUCGCACAAUGGUUCAACUUCCAAUCAGAUGGCGAGAGUUAAGCAGGAGAAUGAUAGCAGCCAAGAACCAGCGCCAGAGUGCAGCACUGCAUGCUCUCCAACUGAUGAUGAUUUCAGCCAACAACAUUAUCUAAUCCCUGGCUAUAAUCUAAUAUUCAUCAAAGAGGAAGAAUAUGUUGAGCAAGAGGCAGAAGGAUGUUCAGUGGAGAGUGAACCAAAGAUGUGGCCUUCAAACUGCAGCACAUCUGAAACUGCCAAUGCAACAGAAGUGGGUGGACUGAAUGCACAUUCAAUCUCUCCCAUGGAAGAGUGCACUGAGCCAUCUGUGGCUGGCAAAAAGAUCAAGCUCUACAGCUGUGCUGACUGCAGCUAUAAAACUACACGGAUAACUCAUUUGAAGAGACACAUGAGAAAACACACUGGGGAAAAGCCUUUUAGUUGUGAGUUAUGUGACCAUAAAUGUACUCAAUCUAGUACUUUGAAGGAACAUAUCAGAACACAUACAGGAGAAAGACCUUUCAGUUGUGAGUAUUGCGACUAUAAAUGUACUCAAUCUGGUAAUUUGGAGAGACAUAUCAGAACACAUACAGGAGAAAGACCUUUCAGCUGCGAGUAUUGUGACUAUAAAUGUGCUCAAUCUGGUACUUUGAAGAACAUAUCAGAACACAUACAGGAGAAACACC